AUGAAGCGCAAGACCGAAGACCGCAACCACGCUAAUGGCCUCCCAGGGGCCAAGAAGCGGGCACUCACAAAUGACAUGGUUAUUGCGCGUUUCCGCGAAGGAUUGUUCGAGCCUGCAGAGCUCGACAAGUACAAGAAGAGCUACGCGAACUCGGGGCCAUACAAACACGGUGUCAUCUGCCCGCUGAUCGAGCCCAAUCUGCUCCGCUCCGUCCGCAAUGAAAUUCAAGAGCACCUGUCAUUCACUGAGAAAGAGACGGAUAUCUACAAAAUCUUCCAGUCGGGCGAUCUCGCGAAUCUGGAUGGCUUGGAUGAUGCCUCCCUGGCGCGCCUUCCGUCUCUUCUACAAUUGCGCGACGCGCUCUACUCCGAGAAAUUUCGCGAGUAUCUCGCCUCGGUGACCGGGUCCGGCAAACUCAGCGGUCGCAAAACGGACAUGGCGAUCAAUAUCUACACGGAAGGGUGCCAUCUUCUCUGCCAUGACGAUGUCAUCGGCAGCAGGCGUCUCAGUUACAUCCUGUAUCUGACGGAUCCAGACAAUCCCUGGCGCCCAGAAUGGGGUGGAGCGUUGCGACUGUACCCGACGAAGACCGUCAAGGACGAGAAAGGGGAGGAUAUCAAGAUCCCCAGCCCUGACCAUAGCCUCUCGAUCCCCCCAGCCUUCAACCAGCUCAGUUUCUUCACCGUCCAGCCAGGCGAGAGCUUCCACGACGUCGAGGAGGUCUACCACCCCGCGGAAAAUGAGAAAGGAAAGGAGAAGCGAGUGCGCAUGGCCAUCAGUGGAUGGUAUCACAUCCCACAGGAAGGGGAAGACGGAUAUGAGGAGGGUCUGGAGGAGAAGCUGGCGGAGCGGAGCAGUCUUUCACAGCUUCAGGGUCGAGGCGACAUCUAUGACCAGCCCCAGCCUCAGCCGGUGGACUGGGAGUCGGAGGAUGCUGCCGCGGACAAGGGCAAGGGCAAAGGCAAGGAGGCUGUCAGGUCGGAUGACAGCGAGUUUUCGGAGUCGGAUCUCAACUUUCUCCUCAAAUUCAUCUCCCCGUCGUACCUGACGCCCGACAUUGCUGAGGAGCUCUCGGAAACGUUCGCCAAUGACUCCUCGCUCAGCCUGGAGCGUGUGCUAUCAGACAAGUUCGCAGCUCGGGUGCGGGAGUACAUCGAGGAGCAGGAAAAGGCCGCCUUGCCCCAGUCGUCGGACGAGAUUGAAUCGAGCACGGACUGGAAGGUUGCUCGCCCGCCGCACAAACACCGCUAUCUCUUCCAGCAGCCGCGGAAAGGGGCGGCGGCGUCGUCGCCCAUUCAGGAGUUGUUGAACGACCUUCUCCCGUCGCAGGCGUUCCGAAAGUGGCUGUCCCAGAUUACGGGCAUGAAUCGGCUUACUAGUUACAAUCUGCUGGCUCGUCGAUUCCGUCGUGGACAGGAUUACACACUUGCCAGCGGCUACGAUGGAGAGGAGCCGCGCCUGGAAUUCACGAUCGGUCUUACGCCUACACCUGGAUGGGAGAAGGAGGAUGACAACGAGGAAGAAGAUGAGGAGAAUGGCGAGGGAGAAAGCAAGCCGGCAGAGGAAGAGGAGGAGAAGACGACCGACGAGCCAUCCGUGGGCGGAUACGAAGUCUACAUGGCAGGCGAUGACGACGAGGAGGAGGAAGACGAAGAAGAAAACGAAGACGGGGUCAAGACCAAGAAACCCAAGUCCGACCCAGCCAUCUACAAAGCAGCUGGCGACGACGAUGGGAUCCUGUUCAGCAUGGCCGCGGGCUGGAACCGGAUGAGCAUUGUCCUGCGCGACAGCGGCACGCUCAAGUUUGUGAAAUACGUCAGUGCGGCGGCAAAUGGGGACCGAUGGGACAUUACGGGUGAAGUGGGUGUUGUUUAUGAUGAGGAGGAGGGGGAGGAGGAUGACGAUGAGGAGGAGGAGAGUUAG